UUCCCCUUGAGCCAAUCGCCGCGCGGGGCUGCCCGGCGCCGCGCCGGGGUGGGCAGUACUCAGGCGCCGUGCAGGGCCGCCGGGCCGGUGUCAUUGGAGGGGACGAUGUCUCACUGCAGCGCCGCGGCCGCUCGCCUCCUGGGCCGCUUCCUCCGCCUGCACCAGAAUGGAGUACGACACUGCUCCUACUCAGCAUCAAGGAAAAAUCUGUAUAUUAACAAAACCACAAAGGUUAUCUGUCAGGGUUUUACAGGCAAGCAGGGCACCUUUCACAGUCAACAGGCGUUGGACUAUGGCACCAAUCUAGUUGGAGGAGUUUCUCCAGGGAAAGGUGGAAAAACACAUCUGGGUCUGCCUGUGUUCAAUUCUGUGAAGGAGGCCAAAGAACAGACUGGUGCUUCUGCCACGGUGAUAUAUGUACCUCCUCCAUUUGCUGCUGCUGCGAUCAAUGAAGCAAUCGAUGCGGAAAUGCCCUUAGUUGUUUGCAUUACUGAAGGGAUUCCCCAGCAGGACAUGGUUCGGGUUAAACACAGACUGAUUCGGCAGAAUAAGACUCGACUCGUGGGCCCGAACUGCCCUGGUGUCAUCAAUCCUGGAGAGUGUAAAAUUGGUAUCAUGCCCGGUCACAUUCACAAGAAGGGAAGAAUUGGUAUUGUGUCAAGAUCUGGAACCCUGACCUAUGAAGCUGUUCAUCAGACAACGCAGGUUGGAUUGGGGCAGUCUUUCUGUGUUGGGAUUGGAGGCGAUCCCUUCAAUGGAACUAAUUUUAUUGACUGUCUUGAUGUCUUCCUGAAGGAUCCUCAUACUGAGGGGAUCAUAUUGAUUGGGGAAAUUGGAGGAAAUGCUGAAGAAGAUGCAGCAGCUUUCUUGAAGGAAAAUAAUUCCGGUUCAAAUGCCAAGCCAGUCGUGUCAUUCAUUGCUGGUCUGACUGCUCCUCCGGGCAGACGGAUGGGUCAUGCUGGAGCAAUCAUUGCUGGUGGAAAGGGUGGGGCUAAAGAGAAGAUUGCUGCUCUUCAGAGCGCUGGUGUUGUCGUCAGCAUGUCCCCUGCUCAGCUGGGUAGCACCAUCUACAAGGAGUUUGAGAAAAGGAAAUUGCUGUAAGAGAAGAUACUUUGGAAUACUGUCUCCAAAACAUCAGUGCAGCACCUGGCCUCUGCUUAUCUUCUGUUUGCUAAUCUUCAGUUGCCCAAAUGACUGACGCUGGUCAUGGAAUUUGACUUGGAAGCCAUAAACCUUUUGGCUAAACCUGUUUUGAUGUCUCCUCGUUUCAGACGUGAUCACUGCACUGUAAAUCACAGCAAAUUAAUAAAUCUACUACUAAACCUGAUUCAUCGUUUUGAAUUCCUGAAGCAGAACCGUUUCUUCAGCCAUCAUAAAGAAACUAAUCAGCCUUGAAUCUUUUAUAACUUAAGCACUGCCCAUUUUAAGGUAAAGUCGCUUAUAGAGAUGCUUUUAAAGGUCAAGGCACUGACUUUUUAUGCACAUAAGUUUGCUUUAUUUUCAAAAAUUGUACUUGUUUGUUGCUGACAAGUAUGUUUGAACAAUAGGCCAAAGUUUCCGUCCACUAAAGCAAAGCUGCUGGAUCUGAAGGGGUUGCUUGUUGAUCCACGUAGCUGGCUAGGACUCAAGUCCAGACUUCCUUUUCCAGGCUGAGCCAUGCACAGUGUAGUCCUGUACUGACAAAUAACUCUGUUGUGUGGAGAGGUGGAAUUGUUAUUCAGAAAAAUGAGUCCAAUUUCCCAUGCAAAUAUAUAUUCAAAAUUGUAACUGUGAAAAUGAUUUGUUCUAUGGCUGACAUUACCUUACCUUCCUCUUUAACCUGAGCUAGGAUUGCAUUGUUUGUGUGUUCUGAAAUCCCAGUGACACUGGGAUGUAAUGGACAAGAUUGAGUAAUCUCUGGAAAAGAAUGUAGUAAAUUAUCUUGCUUGUUAACCACUCCAAGCACUGUAAUGGAAAGCCCUUUUUUUUUUACUUUGGAAAUAGCCCAAACACAGUGCCUAUAACUUAGUGUUAUACGUUUUAUCAGGAUGGGCUAAACCCAAGAUUGCUUUCUUUAUAUAUAGGACUGAAAAUCUCUGUAACCUGGCACUUGUUUAAAGCUAACCUUGUGUUCCAUAAAGGUGCUGUUACAAAAGCUUGUGUUGUCCUUUGUUUAAAACUGUGAGCUUUCCUCCUCAAGCGCCUGUGCAAUUUUGCUUCCUAAUGCAAACAGUGACCAUAUAUCUCAAAGCUGACAUUUACAGGUCUGAGAGCUAAGCCCUGAAGACGUGUAAAAGGACAGAUGAUGUACCUGCUGUUUCGGAUGUGUAUUUAGUACGCUUCACAUACGGUCAGAUGAUGGAGUCCAUAGGAUGCAGAAGUUAGAUGCUGUAAAGCAUUGGCAUGAUUUGCUAAAAUGGACCUGACAUCGCGUUCACUAGACAGCUGGGAGCGACACUGAGCAGUAAAUCAUUUGAUAAAACCCAUGAAAACAGGUAGGAAUUGAAUACUAGAUCUGCUCUUGUUUUCAAGUAGCGCCUGAUUUGGUCUGUAGCAAAAAAAGACAAAUCAGUGCCCUUUAGCUCAAGAAAUAUCAAUGCCAAAAUGUCUCAAUCCGUAUAAGAGUGCAGUUCUUCACCAGGGAAUGUCAGGAUAUUGCAGCCUGUCUUCCUGUGAUCCUGCAUCCAAGUUAACUCACUGUAAUGGUGGGCUUCUCCACAACAGCUUUUGGGAUGGGGAACACUUUGGAUGAACCACCUGAACUUCAUCACUGCCACCAGUGUUACAGUGAAUGACCUUCCAGGAUGACUGAAGUGUAGUAAGUUUCCUGCUAGGGAUUGCUCAGUGGAAGCCAUUUUAGAGGCACCAGCAAUUUUAUAAGUUAGCCAUAAACUCCAGUGACUAUUUUACCCUGAGGAGGUGUUCCUCGUAUGUUGGUAUUUGAGGAAGGAUUUAGAAGUGUGACCCUGAUUCUGAUGCUCACAGCAGACAUUCAGGGCUGCACCUUAGCAGCUGCCUGGUUCUGUGCAAGCCUGGGGAAGCCAGCCUGGAGCAGAGGAUCAUCUGAAGAUGGAGAAGAAAGCUGACUGUUCUAGAAAGGCUUAAUCUUUUCCAUUUUCUCUUGCUGCCUAAAAAUGCGCACUUGUAAAAGGCUGUUGAUAUUUGUCAUUGAUGAUGACAAUGUCUCUUUGAAAAACAGAUUCACUUCCCUUUAAUACCAUACGUGCUUGCGAAUAAAUAUUUCAAGUCAUCUGAACUGGAAAA